AUGCCCCUCCUUGCCCCUCCUCACCCCUACACCCCUCCUCACCUCUCCUUGCCCCUCCUCACCCCUCCUGGCCCCUACACCCCUCUGCACUUCUCCUUGCUCAUCCUCGCCCCUCCUUGCCCCUCCUCACCCCUACACCCCUCCAUGCCUCUCCUUGGAGCCCGGGGCAAGAAGUCGGGCCACACCAUCUGGGACCUAGGAUUUGUGGUGCCCGGUGUGCGUGAGGGUGUGGCUCAGCGACACUGGGAAAUGGCCUUUCUCUGA